CUGGGCCUUCGUGAACGUUUAGGAAGUGGCCUACUCCAUGUCCAGUACCAUGACCAUAAUCUAAACCGACCUGCCACAAUGCAUGUCUUGCUAGGGUGUCCAACCGAAUUCCUUAAAUUUGAAGUUACUGGUCUGGACCGACAGUUCAUUAGGAGCCAGAGAUGCCUUUUGCAAAAAGAUAGGGGUUAG